AUGACUGAUUCGAAGACCCUUCCCCCCAAGAAAGUCAUCGUCGUGGGCGGUGGCUUUUCGGGCCUGGCAAUGGCAUGCCAGCUAAAGCAGAAUCUCCGAUGUGAUGACUUUGUAGUGUACGAUCGAGGGUCAGGGUAUGGUGGGACCUGGCGAGCCAACACUUACCCGGGGUGUGGAGUUGAUAUUCCAGCUGUGCUCUACAGUCUUUCUUUUGCUCCGAAUCCUGAUUUCACCAAUCUUUUCCCCAAACAGAGCGAAGUUUUGAACUAUAUCGACGGCGUGGUCUCGCAGUUAAACCUAUCUCGACACUUGGUAGGGAAUACCAACUGGAUUGGCGGGUAUUGGAAUGAGAAUACCAAGACCUGGUCGGUCAAACUCCGAGAUUUGAAAACAGGUCAGGAGUAUUUCCAGACCUGUAGCGUACUGAUCUCGGCCGUUGGCGCUUUGACGGAUCCUAUGCCUUUCAACGCAGCGGGCAAGGAUAGGUUCACUGGAGAAAUCAUUCACACUGCGAGAUGGGACCACAGCGUUUCUCUCCGCGAUAAAAAUAUCGUGGUCAUUGGGAAUGGAGCCUCGGCCACGCAAGUAGUGCCUACUAUAGCAGAAGAGGCUCGCUCGAUCACCCAAUUCAUACGGUCACCGCAAUAUUUCCUACCAGGUGGUGGUAAUACCGAUAUUACUCCGCUCUGGCAGAUGGCUUUUCGAUAUAUUCCCGGUGUUCUGUUUUUACUGAGGCUAUUGACCUUCCUAUACCUGGAAACCUCAACCCCGCAAUUCAAUCUCACAGAUACUGGUGCAAAGAUGAGAAAACAGACAUCCGAUAUAAGUACAUCGUAUAUCAAAGAAAGCGCACCAGAAAAAUACUGGCCGUUGCUGAUGCCUAAAUCUGAGGUCGGAUGCAAGCGGAGAGUUUUCGACCACUCUGGCUACGUGCCAAGUUUGCAGAGAGACAACGUCCACCUCACCAAUGAUCCAGUGGAGAGCCUCCAUGAGCGCUCUGUAUCAACAAAGUCCGGAACUGAAUAUCCGGCCGACGUCAUAGUCCUAGCCAACGGCUUCUCAUUGACACAAUUCGACGCCGACCUACGAGGUCGCCACGGACGCACCCGAACCGAGCAUUGGAAGGACAUGGGCUACAUUGAAGCAUUCAACACCAUCGGCAUGUCUGGAUUUCCGAAUUUCUUCUACAUUCUGGGCCCGAACUCCGGACGUGGACAUACUUCUGUUGUUCACUCUAUCGAGAACUAUGCGGGUCUCAUCACACGGGUAAUCAAGCCCAUAAUCACCGGCUCGGCGCUGUGUGUAGAGCCCAAGCUUCAAAGCGAGAAAGUCUACAACGAGAAAGUGCAGAAUGCCUUGUCGAAAACAGUGUUUACCGAUUCUUGCAAUAGCUGGUACAUCGACAGCAAAACCGGUCGCAACUGGGUUGUAUAUCCAUGGAGCUCAUUCUACAUGUUGUGGACCACUCAAAUGGCCGGACUAGGAGAUUGGUAUUAUGAGGUUAGUUCAUCUGCAUUGGCCUCGUGUGACACUACAUACCAGAGAAGACCGAAUUGCUAA